AUGCCGCCACAGCCAGGGCCUCUGAAGCCGCCAUGGCCGGAUGCCAAUCCAGACGCAGGGCCUCAACGGCGCAAGAUCUAUACGAGCGAGAAGGGCUUGAUCGAAAACGCCAUUACCAUGGCCCGCAUCGAUCUCCCAUAUAAACUGCCGUUUCCCUCACCCGGUAAGAAGAAACACACGGGCGAUCCCAUCCUGUCCAUUGCCGUGCCCCGUCCCCCCGACUUCCGCAGGGACUUUACCAACCUGGGGCCGGACGUGGUGGCGCCCUGGCGCAAGGGCGGCGUUUUCAAGCUCGUGUCCGAGAAGGAGAUUAUGGCCGCCGGCACCUCUGUUGAUAAAAAGUUCACCAAAAGCUACGGCGUGCGCAUCCGCUACAGCCACCAACACAGCCUCCAUCCCUGGUCGGCCAAUAACCUGGCGGCGUCUCCGGGCAUCGAGGACGCGCUCGGGGCCAGCGACGGACAGGGUGUAAGUGCCGCCCCCAGCGGCUGGCCCGUCGGAUUCCCCCAUCCCUUUUCGGAGAUGGCACGGCGCAGGUACGCCCUAAAGAACCGCUCAGACCCGCUGUGGUGGUUCGCAAUUGUGUUCGCCGCCGAGGGACAGCUGCCCAACAGCAACUUGGUGCGCAACAAGAUGCGGUACAAGCUGCAGAGCGCAGUGGAGGCGGCGCUCCGGCAGCGAGGCUAUGCCGCCAACGGCGUCCGUCUCGAUGGUUCGGCCGGUGCGAAUGCCAAGUACAGCCAGCUGUAUGGCUCGAUACGCGCGGAUGGGCCCCUGGUUCAGAUGCUGACGGCGCCGUACGACGAGCUCGUGGGCUUCUUGGCUCAGGCCAUCAUUGUCGUGGAGAGUCUUCUCGGUGGCCGGAAGCAAACGAAGCUGGAGCCAGUGCGCAGCGAACCUGAAGGCAGAGGUACGAGCAACGACGCAGGCUACAACACGGGCAAAAUUAUCAAGGGGGCCCAGGAAACCAAACAAUACAAGGGAAAGAAAUCCAAAGACCGCUUCCACCUGCUGCUGGAUCCGGCACUCUUUUGA